AUGGAGGAGGCUAUUCAAGCACUCCUGCAGACGCAGGAAACACUGCAGGUGGCACUGACUGAAUUGUGUUCCAGGACAAGGGAACGGGAGAGGAACCAGAAGCCGCGGGAUGUGCUGACAAAGUUGACCCCCGAGGAUGACGUGGAGGCCUACCUCGAGCUGUUUGAGCGGACGGCUCACAGAGAAGGCUGGGCCCGAGGAGACUGGGGUAGUAUCCUGACACCUUUUCUGACCGGGGAGGCCCAGAAAGCCUGCCGGGACCUCUCGGCUGUGGAGGCGGAGAGUUACGGCAAUCUCAAAGUGGCCAUUUUGGCUCAAUAUGGCUACAGCCUGCCGGCAAAAGCCCAACGAUUCCAUCAAUGGACGUAUAACCCCAACCAACCCGCGAGAGCACAAAUCGCUGCCCUGAGUCGUGUAACCCGGAGCUGGCUGGUGGAAGGAAACGGGCCCCCCCUCCUGGACCGAGUAGUGCUGGACCGAUGCACCCGGGCCCUACCCCCAGAUGCCAAGAGGUACGUUGGCCAACAGGGGCCGCAAAGUAUUGACCUUUUAAUUGCAUUGUUGGAAAACCACCAGGUCACCCAAGAGAUGCUGCGGACCAGCCGACCCGAACCCCUAAGAGGCACCGCCGGGACAUCCAGGACAGAGAAGGGUUAUGGCAGGAGAGCAACCGGAACCCCGGAGCCCACCCCGCCCCCACCCCGGGAGAACCGGGACAGACGACGGUGCUACACCUGUGGAAGGGAAGGCCACUUCGCACGAGACUGCCCCGACAGAGACGAACCCAUGCCAACGGCGGAGACAUCGGGACCCCUGGCGUUCCCCUGCAGGUACAUCACCACAUGCUGGGCACAUGAGGGAGCAAGAGCACCAACCUUUCCCGUGAAAAUUGCAGGCCGAGAUACUGAGGCCCUACUCGAUUCCGGAAGUAUGGUGACGCUCGUCCGACCAGAGUUCGCCGGAGUCGCCCGAGGUGAGGAAAUUUCCGUAUCCUGCAUCCACGGUGACACCAAGCGAUAUCUCACUGCCACCAUUGACAUGUCCACCCCAAGGGGGACGGUGGCCGUACGGGCAGGGGUGGUAGAGAACCUGCCCGUCCCGGUCUUGGUGGGCAGGGAUUGUGUCAUAUUUGAUCGGUACUGGAAGGAAGCUCCGGCGAGCCGCAACGCAGAGACCGGCCGCAGGAUCCAGAAGCGACGCACCCACAGACGAACAGAAGGGGGCGCUCAACCAGCCUGGGCGGGCCUAUCUGGGGGAGACCCAACCGAGACGGUGGACCCGGACAUAGAGGUGAGAGGGCCCACUCCCGGCCCUGAGGACACCACCGCCACCGCCUCAGAAGCAGGAGCCGAGAAUCCAACAGCCCUGGAAGAGGUGGGUCCGAGCGAGACCUUCUCCGAGUUCUCCCACCGACAGGGGGACCCAACCAGAGACCACAGCCAAUUUGGGACGGCACAGCUUCAGGACCCCAACCUGGCUCAGGCAUGGAGGAAUGUCCAGGAGAUCGAGGGGCAGCUACAACCAGGGGUGAGUGAAACGACAAACCCACAUUUCACGGUUGAUCAGGGGCUGUUAUAUCGGGUAUAUGAGGCCAAGGGAGAGUGUCACAAACAGCUGUUAGUUCCCAAGACUUAUGUCUCAAAGGUCCUGUAUCUUGCACACACCCACCUCCUGGGGGCGCACCUGGGAGUCGAGAACCUAUGAGCGUAUCCUUCCGCGGUUCUACUGGCCGGGCGUAAAGAGAGCCGUCGAAGAGUACUGUCGCCACUGCGCAGAAUGUCAGCUCCACAGCCCCAAGUACUGAAGGCGAUGUCGCACCUGUUGAAGGUGAAACAGCUGAGGACCUCAGUCUAUCACCCGCAGACAGACGGGUUGGUAGAGAGAUUUAACCGCACCUUAAAGCAGAUGUUGAGGAAAAUGAUAGAGACAGAUGGUAAGGAUUGGGACCAAUUGCUUCCCUAUCUAAUGUUCUCCAUCCGCGAAGUACCGCAGGGGUCCACAGGAUUCUCCCCCUUCGAACUGCUGUAUGGGCGGCGACCCCGAGGAAUGCUGGACCUGGCCAAAGAGACCUGGGAGCAGCAACCCUCGCGCCAUC